CGAUGCGAAAGAAAAAUGGUACGCAAUUGAAUAAUUGGUACCCUUUAUUGCGUUUUCGUAUUUUCCUUUCGCAUCUGAUUCGCAUCUAAUUCGCAAAUCUGGCAUCACCGCAUUCUGUAAUUCGAAAGCGUAUGUCAAAAUCGUUCGUAAAGCUCAAAUAACUUGCGCUUACAAAAUAUCAAACGCAAAGGAAACGAAUCAUGGAAAAGCCGAAAAAGUUGCAGACUCAGCAACGCCAGUUCGAAAUCCUAGUUGAUUUUAUGGAGCAACAUAGCGAUUUGGCAGAGGGACAGUUGCAGUGUGGAAAUGCCAAACAACGCGCCAACAAUUUGUGGACAAAAUUGGCAGACGACCUUAAUUGUAAUGGACCUCCUGUAAGGGAUGUAGCUGGUUGGAAAAAAGUUUGGUCUGACCUAAAAACCCACACGAAGGUUAAGAUGCGCAAGAAUAAAAUUAGCAUUUCCAGCACGGGUGGUGGUGUCUCACAAUAUUGCCCACUUUCUUCUAUGGAGGAACAAAUCAUAAAUCUUCUUCAAAUGGAAGAAGCCGUCAAUGGACGGGCAACAUCAACAUACUUUGGCACAAGUAGUAACGUUAGUCACGAUGUUUCAGCAAACAAAGAGCCUGCAGAAGAAGUUUUAUUAUCUUCGCAAAAUGAAAAUUACAGUUUAAGUGAAUCAGCGCCCGCUGACAAACGUAGCUGUUUGGAUGACAGUUUUAAGACAGCCAAACGUUCGCGGCUGUCAAAACAAAACGAGCGUGAUAUUCUGCUAAAAACUCAAGUAGAAAACCAAGGAAUAUUUCACAAUGAAUCCACUAAAGUUUUGGGCGAUGUUCGGGAUUCCUUGAAAGAAUUAGUAAGAUAUAAUAGAAAAAAAGUUGAAUUAAAGGAAAGAAACAUUUUGCAAAAAAAAAAAAAUUUGAAUUUAAAAAAGAAUACAAGCUCCAAAAACAAAAAACGCAAAUAG